AUGGACGCCCUCCGCACCACCAUCAAACCCCUCACCCACUCCCUUCCUGCCCCCAUCCGCGACUUCGGCGUCUCCCUCAUCGGGCCCGACUGCUACCAAAACCUCAUCCUCGACAUCGACCUCACUUCCACACAAUGCCUGAAGCUCGCCGUGUCCAAAGCUCUCGGGAUCGCCACGGUCGCCGGCUCCUCCGUCGUCAAGGUCCCUCAGAUCAUCAAACUCCUGUCCUCACAAUCCGGAGCCGGGAUCUCGUUCCUCUCCUACGCCCUCGAGACCUCCGCGCUGUUGACGACCUUGGCCUAUAGCGCGCGCAAUGGGUUUCCGUUCAAUACGUAUGGGGAAACGGCGAUGAUCGCUGCGCAGAACGUCGUAAUCAGUCUAUUGGUGCUGCGGUAUACGGGCCAAACGGUUCUGGCGGCCGUCUUCGUGGCUGCUCUGGCUUCGGCGGGUUAUUCGCUGUUCAAUGAGGGCGUGAUCGACAUGCAGACGUUGACAUAUGCACAAAUGGGAGCGGGGCUGUUGGGGGUAGCGUCAAAGCUGCCGCAGGUCUGGACCAUCUAUAGUGAGGGGGGACUGGGCAGUUGA